GAUAUCCAGAUCUCUUCAAAGUCGAGAUUUUUUUGAUCCUCGGUUUGCUGAUUGCAAAAUCGAGAAGUCAUCGCAUCGUGCGGCUCAGAGACUGUGAUUGUGAAAGCGUGUCUCACGUGAGCCUGAAAGCGUUUUCUUCGAGAGGCUAGAGUCGGGCUCACGGGAACUUGGUGAAGGAUCACGACUUGGGUUGAUAACACAGAGAGACUUUACGCUACACUCAUGCUAAGUACAAGAUGGUGACUACAGAAGGAUUUCUAGCACGGUCUCUGCGUGCCUUGAAGGUUCUCGUCAAGAGCAGCACCACCGCGCAAAUGACCCGCCAGGAAGUCUUUGAUUUGAUCAAGUUCGACUCUCCGGAGUCAAUCUCGAAAUGCCUUACCCGGUCCGAUCAAGAGCUCGGUGGUUAUAGUACCGUAAACCUCGACUGGGACGAGAAAGAAAAGUGCGCGCAUUUCCAUGGAAAUUUAUCGCUGGAUCUUCCGCCUUCGAGACCAGAAGUCACGCGCUCGGGAUACGCAAUGUUUCGAACUAAGGAUCGGCCGAGGAACUUUAAGGAUGAUGUUAUUUACUGGAAUUUGUCUGAUGCGACACAUAUCGCGAUGAGGGUGAAAGGUGACCGGAGAAAGUACUUUGUCAACUUGCAGUCCAAGACCGCGCUGCCGACGGAGAUUCAUCAGCACCGAUUGUUUCUUUAUGACCCCGGGAAUUGGGAGAUUGCAGUUAUCCCGUUCAAGAACUUCCUGCUCACGCACUGGGGAAGAGUCGAGCAGCACCAGCAGAUUGACCAAGCGAAAGUGAAAACCGUUGGUAUCGGUUUGCUAGACAGAAGAUACGGACCUUUCAGUCUAAAGGUAGGCUGGAUCAAGGCGAUUACCGACGAUGAGGCAAUGAAAUACCUGCAGGAGAGACGGGUGCGGUACGAAAAUUGGAAGAGGAAUAACCCGGCGGCUGCGGCAGAGUCAGAGAAGAAACUUUCCGAAUUCGAGGAGAGAAAGAGAAAAGAUCCUAAUCCGAUGGAGUUAUAAUUGAUUUACAAUUGUUAGUUACUGGUUGUACAUGUAAUGUUGAUAAUCCACUUU